AUGAAAUUACACUCAUUGUACAUCAUUUCUUUCGGGUCACUGCCGGAAGAAAUAUUCUUGUCAGCGUCUUGGUCCCGUGUGACCGGCUCUGACGGCACGAUCGGACCAGAGCUCUGGUCUAACGGUCUAAGCUUUGCACCGCUGUACAAGGAUUUCUAUGCCCUCAUCGACGAGCGUCUGGCGCGUAAGUUCGUAUUCACUAUUCGUUCGAAGACAAACAAGGAAUUGAACCGAAAGGGAUGCGACCUGAGCUAUCGCCCGAUCGUGCUGUCAGAGCCGGUCACACGGGACCAAGAUGCGAUGCACCACCGAGCCCGCGACUUCGAAGGGACAAUGUACACGGUCAUUGGUAAUGAAAGAGACCCAAGCCACCGAUGCCGCGACAGGAUGGUCAUGGAGCAUUCCCACUGGUGUCUGCUGAUGGGCCUUCCAGACUGCUGGCUGGCCCCCCUCGGCUCGAUCGAGGGAUAUACACCGCUAGUCUGCGCCGUCAACAACAAAAAGACCCCUGCCAGCAAUCUAAAGAUCGGCAAAAACAACCUAGCCAAGAUUGUCCCUGGACAGCUCUACGCAGAUAUUCCAGACCCAAAACCAGGUCCUAGAUCUCUCAUCUUUGUCCCCGCUCCUCCGCCAAAAGCGAAAAAGAGGGGCUCAUCUUUGAUCUCCUCGUCCCCAGGACUGCUAUCACCCAAGAUGGAGUCCUGA